CAGAAAGAACAGUAAAAAUGCAGGCAGGGCGCCGGACAAAGCAGUAGGGACAAAAUUGUAUUGAGUAAAUGUCACUUUUUGUCAUUUUCACAUUUCCCGCCAGUUCUGUCCCCCGUACGUUCCGACAUCGCAGGGGACGGAACCCAGAAGACGGAUGCCGGCAUCAGCCGGAGGACAUUGCCGGGGACGCUGCAGGAGGGACAUCGCAGGAGCGCAGGACAAGGUAAGUGAAGAAGAGAUCCCGGAGCAGCUCCGUAUGGUAAGCCCGAGUGUAGCUCGGGGUUACCAUUUGUGGU